AUGAAAGCAAAUUCGCAUACGCAAAAGUUACAAAGUAUUAUACAAAGAAAUUCUCGUAUUCGUGAUAUGGUACAAAAGAAUGUCAACGAAUUUCUUAGUUUACGCGAAGCACUUCUGACAAAUUCGAGAAUAAAAGAGCUGACGUCAUUUCGCAAGGUAUUAUUUCCAUUCAUCGAAGGACCACGUAUCGAACAGUUGAACGUUCGUAUUACUUCAGAUAGAGUUCACUUAGCAUUUUGCGGUGAAAAUUCAAGUGGUAAAACGGCAUUUUUGCAUCGAUUUUUAGAUAUUGGCAAGAUUCUACCGUCGGGUGACGGUCCUGUAACAGCACGAAUCACUAAGUUAACAUACGCUCCGAGUGAUCAGGCAUGUAUUCGAAUUCGAAAGUCACUCCGAGAUCAGAUCCUUGCUGAAGAUGAAAUAAAACUUGCAGAAUUUUUUACAAGCGAAAAACCUAAUUGGAUGGGUGUUGCUCGUAGUUUAUCGAAAUAUGUUAAACGUCCUGAAAACAUGGAUGAUAAAUCAGAAGAAUUCGCCGAGUGGGCUCGACACUUCGUCGAAGUUCAUAUUCCAUCACCAAUUCUUGCCUUGGGAAUCGAUGUGUACGAUACACCUGGUUUUCUUCUCGAUGAUGCUCCCGUAUUAAAAGUUAUUCUACACGAUUUAGUCGAAUUAAUUCAUCCAACUAUUAUCUUCAUGUACGCUAAUCCUACUACUGACGAUACAACAAGAGAUUGUUUUCUUGCAAUGAAAACGGCUCUUGAUGACUUGGACACGGCAAGCAUCUUUUUUCUCAGCACCAAAGCUGAUAUAAAUCAAAUGUUAAAAUUCAAGCAAGGCAUGAACUUGGACGAUUUUAGUUCGAUAUUGGGCGAGGAACGAUCUCGAAGAUAUGAAUUGUUGCUCAACGCACCGUUUCUUGCUAAUGAUCAGUUGGAAGGACUACCGAAAUCCGUUGACGAAUGCAACGGUUUUGAUCUGUUUAGUGUUAAUUCGUACAUCAUGAAACCAUACGGCCCAUUUAUGAAUGAAAGAACAAUUCAACGGAUUAUUCAAUUUGUAGCGAACAAUGACUUGACAAUCGCGACACGUAUCUGCAAAUUGAUAUUACCGAUCAUCGAUGCUUUUUUUAGUCUACUUCGAAUCACGGGUUAUCAAACCUCAGAGCGUUUGUUACAAUUACAAUAUGAUGCUUUAAACUGGGAAAGAAAUUUCUUCGAAGCGUAUACUAUGUUUACCGAUUACGGUUUGAAGACACUGUUUAGUGGCGUUUUUGAACGGUUUUCUCAAGAAGAAGAGACAAUCGUCAAUACACUCGCUCAUAGUGCUACACCUCCAUAUUUUCUUAAGAGGACGAUUCGAACAGCUGUGCGUCAUCAAAUUCUCAAACCAGCCAUACGAGAUACGAUAAAAAGGUUCAUGAGAUACGUGCUCGAACACAUCGCUUCGAACAGUGAUCUAACACGAAGCGCAACGUUCAAUGAAAUUCUAGUUACUGCAUUGGGUGCACAAGAAAUGAGUGACUUCGCAACCAUGUUAUUAGGUGACCAUCAUAUUAAAAACUCUGCCACUCCAGCAAUAGUAUAUAUGAUGAAUACAAUAUCGACACCAAUGAUGCAAUGUGCGCAGGAGAUGUUGGAUUUCGAUUUCUUUAUAAAAAGCGAAGAUAAAAAUAGCGAAGAAGAUAUGAAGAUUUUUGUGCGCAGAUAUAUGUUGGACAUGCAAACAAUGAUUGAGGAGAAACGAAGUACAAUGCGACAAGCAAUCAAACUAUGGGGCGAUCAUCAAGAAGGAAUCAUCCGAUCUUUGAUUGAUGUUCACUAUCAAACUACAUCGCCAUUAUUACUGUCCGAUCAGAUAACGUUGAAUUCUUUAGAAGUGUAUGUUAAACAUUUCGUUGUUAUCGAAUGUAGACUUCGAGCAGCCCAGGAUAUGGCGAAAUUUUACGAUAGUUUUCCAAAAAUUUAUAAUGAAACUUCCCAGACAUUCGUGUUUUGCCUGUUGACCGCUGACUGGAAUGAAGAGAAAAACUUGAUUAUUAAAAAGCUUGCUCAACCGAUAGCGGACCAGCCAUACGCAGCCUAUUACGAAGCAUAUUAUCAUUUAACCGUCGGCAAAGUCAAUCAUCAAAAUAUAGUGAAUAUUCGUUAUUUGUAUGAACAUCAAAUUGAUAAUGAAACUUCGGAAUUGUGGAUUAUCUUUCCGCCGAUGUUACCUAGUCUGGAAACAUUUCUGCAGCAAACAUCGAAUUCCAUUCCCCUGCAGAGAAUUCUUCGAUGGAUGAUUAACCUUACCGAUGCAUUAAUCGUAUUGCAUGAAAAUGGAUUUGUACAUCGAAACAUUACAUUAAGUAAUCUUCUUUUAACUGACGAUGAUCAGGUCAUGUUAACUGAUUUGGGUAAUUGGAAUGAGCCGGGUGAUAUUAGUUUACAUCAUCAGCCGGCAGCAACCGCCGGUGGAAUGAAUGAUGAUAUGAAAAGCUUUGGAGUACUUGGAGGAAUACUCUCUACUCGAAUUGUUCGUGAUGAAGAAAUAGGAGCAAUUAUAUCAGAAUUCGAUGAGCUUUUGAUCAAAUGUCAACAAGCUACCCAAGAGAGACCAAUAACAGCACAAUUUACUUAUAAUAAACUUAAAUUUCUAUUGGAUAUGUUUUAA